ACAUGCUCAGUAUUGUAUCAGAGUUCUCAGAGAAAAAUGGAGCAGUGGAAAGAUCGUGUUGCUGUUGUGACUGGAGCUUCUUCAGGAAUUGGUGCAGCAAUUGUCAAGGACCUGGUAAAAGCAGGAAUGAUUGCUAUUGGACUAGCACGAAAUGUUGAAAAAAUUGAAGCCCUAAGGAAGGAUCUUCCUGCAGAUCUUCAGAAGAAUCUUCAUGCUGUGAAGUGUGAUGUAUCGAAAGAAGAUGAAAUUGUGCAAGAAUUUCGAAAGAUUGACGAAAAGUUCAAUGGAAUUGACGUUCUAAUCAACAAUGCGGGUGUUAGUUGUGAAACUGAGUUGAUAAGAGAAGAUAAUUCCGCUAAAAUUCGUCAAGUGCUUGAUACGAAUGUUCUCGGUUUGGUUUUUUGUACACGCGAAGCUUACAAAUCAAUGGAGAAGCAUGGAAGAAAUUCUCAUGUUGUUCACAUUAACAGCAUAGCUGGACAUCGCAUAGUUCGUCCAAUUACAAUGCCAUCAAAUAAUAUUUAUCCACCAAGUAAGCACGCCGUAACGGCCAUAACUGAAAUUCAUCGGCAAGAAUUUAUAAGGAGCAAACAUCACAUAAAGGUGACAUCAAUUAGCCCAGGAGCUGUGGCUACCACCUUAAUUCCUUCCUGCUUCAGAGAAACAUUCCCAGAUAUGCCCUUUCUUCAGCCUGAAGAUAUUUCUCAGAGUAUUCUACAUGUUUUAGGGACACCGCCGCAUGUUCAAAUUCACGAAUUAACCAUUAAACCUUUCGGAGAAUAUUUUUAAAAAUUUUCCUUUGAUGUUUCUUUGACACCAUACUAUGUAUUUUAUAUUGCAUUAUAUUAUGAUCUAUUAAAAAGAUUUAACAAUG